AUGAUUGUAAUAUUGAUUAUUCAAUUGAUUUCUGGAAUCUGGGCUUUACCGACGACAGCCAUUUCCACUGAAAGUUUGUUGCCGAUGAAAAAUGUGGUUAGAGGAAAAAUUGAAGAAUUUCAAAAGGCUUUCCCGAAAAGUCCAGAGAUUGUCAUGUUGGAGUUUUUGGAGAAACAAGAUGAUUUGAAUGCUUUUAUCAAUCAGCUCACAACCCUCAAUUUGACCACUUUUGAUGAGUUUAUGCUUGAGCUUAAAAAGCAGCAUCCAUCUACUUAUGAAGUGAUGAAAAAGAUGGAAAAUCGUUUCAUGGAAACGUACAAUUCGAUGGAGAAUGGAAAGGGAAAAGAGUUUGUUAAAGUGAGUUACGUUUUGGCUUGGGAAAGCACGAAAGCUCUAUUGCUCAUGAAAAAUGUUGAGACGGUGAAUCUCUGGAAACAAUUCGAGAUGCUGGCAAGACUACAGGCAUUGGGCCACUCAAUCAAGCGACUCAUGAAAGAAGUGACGGAUUCAGAAUGGGAUUCCCUUGUCGAGUUAUUCCCUUUUACUGUCGCUGGGGGCAAAGAUAAUCUGCCAGAAAGGAUUCAGAAAAGACUCAGCGAUAUUGGAAUCAUUGAAAUGACAAAAUUGAAUGUG